UCUCUCUCUCUCUCUCUCUACAAGAGAGAUGGCGGCGAGGAGGGCAGUGGCAUCAGGUGUUGUAUUGACGCGUCCGGUAACCUUCGUCACCGGAAACUCGAAGAAGCUGGAGGAAGUGAAAUCCAUUCUGGGCAACUCCAUACCCUUCCAGUCCCUCAAGCUCGACUUGCCAGAAUUACAGGGAGAGCCUGAAGAAAUCUCCAAAGAAAAGGCUCGACUGGCUGCAAAAGAGGUACAAGGGUCUGUGCUGGUUGAAGACACUUGCCUCUGUUUUAAUGCCCUCAAGGGUCUCCCAGGACCUUACAUCAAGUGGUUCCUGGAGAAGAUUGGCCAUGAAGGUCUGAACAAUUUAUUGAUGGCUUAUGAGGAUAAAUCAGCCUACGCAUUGUGUGUAUUUUCCCUUUCUCUUGGGCCAACUGUGGAACCAUUAACUUUUGUUGGAAAAACUUCGGGGAAAAUAGUGCCUCCAAGGGGGCCCAAUGAUUUCGGCUGGGAUCCCAUCUUUCAACCUGAUGGCUAUGAGCAAACUUAUGCAGAAAUGCCAAAGGAAGAAAAGAACAAGAUUUCGCAUCGCUCGAAGGCUCUUGCCCAGGUGAAAUCCCACUUUGCAGAGACAGGAUAUGUCUUCCAGAUAGAUCCAUCCAUCUGAAGAGACUAACGACAUAUACCUGUCAACAAAGACAAAUUUGAAAUCCCCGAGAGAGCAUUCUUUCGGUGAUUUGAAUACGUCAUCAAAUUUGUUAGAUAUAGAGAACUUUGAAAAGUUGCUGUUUGACUCUCUAAAUAAUAAUGGAGAGUUCAUAUUCAUACUCUGUAUUUGCUUCUACUUAAUGGAGCUUUUUGAUACUAAUACACCUA